GGUCCGCAGCUGUCCCAAACAGUCAUCCUGACACAUGAGUGCUCAGCUUGGCAUUUGGAUAAACAUUCAAACACAUUCAAUGCCAUAGCCUGCCAUCAACUCACAUGAGGACUUGGGGAAUCAUUUUGGAAAUCACCUAAAGCAAACUAAAGACAUGCAAAGCAUUGGCCAAGAGAAGGCAUUGCUUAGUCAGCUGGGUUAUCGGACUCUGAUCCACUGACGCCCCCCUUACAAAACACUGGUGGCAGCAGCUGAAGGAUUUACUCGUGAACAGAACGAGCACAAUCUUCUGCUGUGACUUUCCACAAAAAGGUGUAGCAGUGGUAACACAACACAAUGGACCAGGAAGAUGACAAAAACUCGGUGGAUAUUCAUGACAAUCCUCCCGUUCCUGACAAUGUUGUGAAGGAGGAUGGAGACACGGUAUACUUUAUAUAUGAAGAGGAAGUUGAGGUAGAGGAGAAGGAACCAGAACCUCCCCCAUCUGUCAUCCGCAUCAAUGACAAGCCCCACAAGUUCAAGGACCACUACUGCAAGAAGCCCAAGUUCUGUGAUGUCUGCGCUCGCAUGAUAGUCUUGAACAACAAGUUUGCUCUGAGGUGUAAAAACUGCAAGACCAACAUCCACCAUGCAUGCCAGUCCUAUGUGGAGUUCCAGAAGUGCUUUGGCAAAAUACCUCCUGGCUUCAGACGGGCCUACAGUUCCCCUCUGUAUAGCAGCGACCAACCCGAUUCAAACAACCCAAAUCGGAAUGACCCGGUCUUUGACACCCUAAGGGUGGGUGUCAUCAUGGCCAAUAAAGAACGCAAAAAGAAUGAAAAUGACAAGAAAAAUAUGAUGAUGAUGAUGGAGGAAGAGGAAGAUGAGAAUCAACAACCAAAAGAAAAUGAGGAUGGAGGAGAAGGCAAGCCUGAAGAGAAGAAAGAGAAAGGAGGAGAAAAAGCAGAUGACAAGCAAAAAGGAACCUUCUCCCAGUCGCACUACUACUUGGCUCUCUACCGCUUCAAGGCCAUAGAAAAGGAUGAUCUGGACUUUCACCCUGGUGAUCGCAUCACAGUCCUAGAUGACUCCAAUGAAGAGUGGUGGAGGGGAAAGAUGGGAGAGAAGAGUGGCUAUUUCCCUACCAACUACCUCAUAAAAGUGCGUGCAUCAGAAAGAGUUUACAAGGUCACACGCUCUUUUGUUGGGAAUAGAGAGAUGGGACAGAUCACAUUGAAGAAAGACCAGAUUGUAGUGAAGAAGGGAGACGAGAAGGGCGGUUACUUGAAGGUCAGCACUGGACGCAAACUGGGCUACUUCCCCCUCAAUCUGCUCCAGGAGAUCACUGUGAUAUAAGAAGAAAGAAUACUGAUAUAUAUAAUAUAUAUAUACGUAUAAAUAUAUAUAUAUAUGAAGAUAAUAUAAAACGAAAUAUCAAAACGUGUGCAAACACCAAAGUCAAUAUUUUUAUUUCAGCAGAUGGCCAAGAGUAUGCUGUAUAUUUUAAAUAUUAGCAAAUGGUGAGAUGAUAUGAUUUGAGAUGUGGUUGCUGGUAUUUAUUUUCCAGAACAGUCAAUUUAAUACUUCAAUUAGCACACAAUUACCACUCCAGGAACAAUUAAACAACAAGCAUCCAUCCAUUUUCUAUGCAACCCCUAUCCUAGUGGUAGUUGCCCUUGAGCGGUGAGCACAAAUAUAAUAUUAAAAAAUAUGGGAAAAAUAAAAAUCUCAGGUCACAUACAUUUAAACAAACAAUCAUGCUCCUCCCAUUUAUAUCUCUGGAUUAUUUUACCUCGAGUAAAGCCAUAGCAUGCAUGUUUUCAGAAUGUGCCAGCAAACCGGAAGAAUCAUAGCCAGGAAGACAAGAAUUGAACCUGCAUCCUCAGAAGUGUGCGUCAGACAAACACAUAAUUAAACUUAUGUAUGUGUCCCAUUAUAUUGUUUUCUCAUUUGCAAAAUAAAGGGCUGUAUUUCAAAA